GCAGUUUCCUCGCCCCCGACACCGCCUCCUCCAUCUCCGGGAGGACGGAGCCCUCAGUAGGAUGCUGCAUGACGGCGCUGGGUACCACAAGGCAGCUGCAGCAGGACGGAUGGAGUUGUUUGCGUCACGUUGUGAGCGAUGGAUUUCCCUUGUUUUGUUUGUCACGUUGUGAAAUCUCGGAAGACGCAGGAAGUGACAUCGGAGGAAUUUGUUUGCCAAAUUAACGGCAUUGACGGUACGUGAAUCGGUUUGAAAUGUCCGACUUCCACAACCGGAGCCAAAGCAGCGCACGUCGCAGUGACUACGUGUGGCAAUAUGAAUAUUACGACGAGGAGGAGCCCGUGUCCUUUGAGGGACUCAAGGCGCACAGAUACUCCAUUGUCAUCGGCUUUUGGGUCGGACUUGCCGUGUUCGUCAUUUUCAUGUUCUUUGUCCUCACGUUGCUCACGAAGACUGGAGCUCCACAUCAGGAGAACCAAGAUUCGGGUGAAAAGCGGCAUCGGCCGGGCAGCUGCCUGGUGGACAUCGGCAGCCCCCAGGACGAAAACGACAAAGCGUUCUCUCGCCCUUUGUUGACGGGGCCGCGCUCCUAUUUUCACUUCUACAUCAACGAAGAGGAUCAGGGCCACGGGAAGAGAACGGGGAACCCCGACGGGGCCCGGGCCCAGCAGGGGACCAGGGGGACCGGCUCCUCCGGGACGGACGAGAUGGAAGACGACGUGGAGGAGGAGGCCGGGGGAAACCAACCCCUCGAGGGACUCCUAGAGGAGAGUAAGACAGACGGGGAAUGUGCCUUCUUUUCCCACUUCAACAUCCCGAACUUUGUGAACCUGGAGCACAGUUCCACAUUUGGGGAGGAGGAUCUGCUGUAUGAGCCGUCCGUCGUAGCGGAGCGGCGCCGUCACUCUCGGGACGCUCACUGUGACGGCCACUGAGUCUGUUUUCACGUGGCGGCCAUGGAAAUGACCUAAUUGUAAUAUUUGCUUUCUUUUCACGUGGCCAUUUGUGAUGUGAGACAGGGACACACACACACACACACACACACACACACAUACACACAUACACACAGGCCUGCCAAACCUGCAAACCUUUUCCUAGAAAGCGUGUGAAGCUGUGAGAAUCUCUUGUCUUUUAAGCAGGGAAACGAUCAGAUGAACAAGAAAGAGUGGG